GGAGGCGGCGCGGGGGCCGUGAGGGCGGCGGGGGCGGCGGGGUGAGGCGGCGGCGCUCUCAUCGCUCGGCCCCUUUCCGUGUCGGCCCUCGCAGAGGGAGCAUCGCGCGCUGCCGCCACCGCCCGGCCCGCCCCGCGCCGCCGCCAUGGCCAAGGCCGAGUCCCCGAAGGAGCCGGAGCAGCUCCGGAAACUUUUCAUCGGCGGCCUGAGCUUCGAAACCACAGACGAGAGCCUGCGCAGCCACUUCGAGCAGUGGGGCACCCUCACCGACUGCGUGGUGAUGCGGGACCCCAACACGAAGCGCUCGCGGGGCUUUGGGUUCGUCACCUACUCCUCGGUGGAGGAGGUCGACGCCGCCAUGAACGCGCGGCCACACAAGGUGGAUGGCAGGGUGGUGGAACCCAAACGGGCCGUGUCCCGAGAGGACUCGCAGCGGCCCGGCGCGCACCUGACGGUGAAGAAGAUCUUCGUGGGCGGCAUCAAGGAGGACACGGAGGAGCAUCACCUGCGCGAGUACUUCGGGCAGUACGGCAAGAUCGAGGUCAUCGAGAUCAUGACCGACCGCGGCAGCGGCAAAAAGCGCGGCUUCGCCUUCGUCACCUUCGACGACCACGACUCGGUCGACAAAAUCGUCAUCCAGAAGUACCACACGGUGAACGGGCACAACUGCGAGGUGCGCAAGGCUCUGUCCAAGCAGGAGAUGGCCAGCGCCUCGGCCGGCCAGCGAGGCCGCAGCGGCUCCGGGAACUUCGGCGGCGGCCGCGGCGGCUUCGGCGGCGGCGACAACUUCAGCCGCGGGGGCAACUUCGGGGGCCGUGGUGGGUUUGGCCGCGCCGGCGCCUACGGCGGCGACGGAUUUAAUGGAUUUGGCGCUGACGGCUACGGCGGCGGCGGCGGCGGCCCCGGCUACUCCGGCGGCAACCGGGGCUACGGCGGCAGCGGCUCCUACGACGGCUACAACAACGGCGGCGGCGGCUUCGGCGGCGGCAGCGGGGGCAGGCGGCCGGCACGGGGACCGGCGCUGGCCGUGAGGAACGGACUGGCCGAGGCGGGCACAGGCAGCAAUUUUGGGGGUGGGGGCAGCUACAACGACUUUGGCAGCUACAACAGCCAGGCCUCGAGCUUCGGGCCCAUGAAGGGCGGCAGCUUCGGGGGGCGCAGCUCGGGGCCCUACGGCGGCGGCGGCUACGGCAGCUCCAGCGGCGGCGGCAGCUACGGAGGAGGGAGGAGAUUUUAACAGCCAGCCCCGCUGUGGAUCCCGCUGCCGCUGCCGAUCGUGUCCGUCUGUCUGUCCCGCCGGAGCCGGAGCCGGAGCCGGGGCCGGGGGGGCCGGGGGGGCCGGGGGGGGC